UGCGGACGGCACCUACGAAGUCUCCGUCUACACCAACGCGAUUGUUCAGCACAACGGAAGCAUGUUGUGGAUGCCGCCGGCCAUUUACAAAAGUGCCUGCAAGAUCGAAGUCAAGCAUUUUCCCUUCGACCAACAGAAUUGCACCCUCAAGUUCCGCUCCUGGACUUACGACCACUCUGAAAUCGAUAUGAUUUUGAAAACCGGCUCGGCCAGUAUGGAUGACUUCACACCCAGCGGGGAGUGGGACAUUGUGGCCCUGCCGGGACGAAGGACGGAAAACCCUUUAGACCCAAACUACGUGGACGUGACGUACGAUUUCAUCAUCAAGAGGAAACCUCUUUUUUACACCAUCAACCUCAUCAUACCGUGCGUCUUGAUCACAUCCUUGGCCAUCUUGGUGUUCUACCUGCCGUCCGAUUGUGGAGAAAAGAUUACCUUGUGCAUCUCUGUCCUGCUGGCUUUGACUGUUUUCCUGCUCCUGAUCUCCAAAAUCGUCCCUCCAACUUCUCUGGACGUCCCACUGAUUGGGAAGUAUCUGAUGUUCACCAUGGUGUUGGUGACCUUCUCGAUCGUGACCAGCGUCUGUGUGCUGAAUGUCCACCACAGGUCUCCCAGCACUCAUGCGAUGCCUCCAUGGGUCAAGGUGGUGUUUCUUCAGAGGCUGCCAAGCUUCCUCUUCAUGAGGAGACCACACAACCAGUCGGCCAGCCAACGGUUGGCCAACCGCAAGAAGAACAAAGCGGAGUCUUUGCCUUCUGAUCUCUCCAACACCUACAAAGAUUGUACUUACUUUGUGAAUUCGGCAGCAGGCCAAAGAUACAACGUGAAACUAACAGACAACCCUGAUCAUGUCAGCAGCCAUCAAGACCUGAGGUUACGAUCCUCCUCCGUGAAGUUUUCUCCCGAGGUUCAAGAAGCCAUUGAGGGCGUCAGCUUCAUAGCGGACCACAUGAGGAGCGAGGACAACAA